GUUCUACACACAAAUUUAUUACGCCAUAUAUUUUAUACUCAUACUCACAGUCCACGAGUAUACAUUAGGUAUUUAUUUUUUUAUUUAUUUAUUUCUACGAUGUUGUUUAAGGUUUUCAAAUUUAAUUUCUAAAUGUGAUAUAUUCCGAUUAAAUAUAACGCGUCAAAUUUAGUACCUGCUGCCCAUUAAAUUUAGAACUUUGGUAAAAGGUAAAAUAAAUAGGUAAAUUAUACGAUUGUAUGUAACAUUGCUGUACAAAAAUGGCUGAAGAAAAUAUUCAAUAUGAAGUGAAAGUGAUCGAUGCAUUUAAGAGCUAUGGUGGAAUUAACGUACUUAACGGUAUCAAUAUAAAUGUACCAACAUGUACCAUGUAAGUAAUUUUAUACACCUGAACGAAUAUGUAUUAUUUAAAUAUGAAACGUCUCUUAUUAGUUAUUAAUACAAUACCUAUUCAACUAUGUCACCCAAUGUGAAUUAUCAAUAAUUUCUAAUUCUAGAAUGUCUUCAAUAGGUAUCACGUACGAAUGAUGUAAUAAUAAGUAAACGAUUUUCCUUUUUUUUUUUUUGUGAUAUGAAUAAUUUAAAAUUUGGUGUGUAUACGCAACCAGCGUUGGAAAUUAAAUAGUUUGUCAUUUUUUCGUUGCCUAACUAAUGGAUUUGAAUAGUUUAGUUUUUAUCCAAUAAACAUAACUUUUUAUUGUUAAAUAUUGAUGGAAUAGAAUAGACAAAGUAAGAAGUAUAUACAAAUGUAAGUAAAUAUUAAAACUGAUACUGAAUAUUUGUAUAGUUCAUUUUUUUUGUAAACUUUUAGAUUUUGAGUAUAGCGAAGAAUGUAUUAAGAAGGUUUUACAAAGAUGUUUUAUUUUUUACUUUUUUAUACUAUGUAUACAAAUUCUACCAGAAAUUUUGUUCCGAAGUAUCAAGUAUAUUACCUUUUCUGAAAAGGAAUUUUCCUGGAAGGCGGUACUAUAAAGGGGUCAUUUUUUGAUUUUACGAGGAAUUUUUCCGAUAGAUGAGAAAAACUAGGAAAAACGGAAGAAAUGCAGGCAAAUUUUUUAUUUAUUGGUGAUUUUAUUCUACAUUUAAAACAUAGUCAGAAGUUUCCGUGAAAAUCAUUAAGCUCGAACAUCUGAUUCCAAAAUAUAGACGGAAUGUAUUGGUUUUACCAUAGGCGGCAUGUGGGGGAGCACGGGGGAAAGUUUCCCAUCCCCGGACAAAAAUUGGGUGGGUAAACUUAUCAUUUUGCCUCCUCACAAGUUAAAUAUUAUUUAAAUAAUUUUAAAUUUUAUAAAAUAUUUAGGUAUUUUUAAAAUUGCUUUCAUAUAAUUAAUAUUAAUCAUGUAAGAAAAUUAUUCCCCAUGUUAAGUCUGAUAUUGUCAAUAGGUAGUACCCAGAAAAAAAUGUAAAAUAAAACUGACAAAAACAUCAUUUUCAUCAUUAUUUUAAAUUUUUGAGGUUUACUUUUUCUAACAUAAAUAUUGCUCCAAUAAAAAAAACAGUAUGCGAUUUGUUUUGUUGAAUUUUUAAUCUAGUUGGUGAACAAGGAUAUUUGUUUUUUGAUUUUCUUUGUAUUUUUUUAAUAGUUUAAUAAAACCGAAAAAAGUAGAAAGUAUGAAAAAAUGUACGAAAAUAAUUAUUUUAUUAUUUUAAACUUUGUUUUUAAUGUAAUUUAGUUAUAUAUAUUUAUAAAGAAUUGAAAUUUUGACAGAAAACUCAUAUUUACUUUUUCUAAGCGUGGUAAAAUUUUCAAAACAUUUAAUCCAUUUUUAAGUUAAUUAUAAACAUUUAAAUUAUGCGAGUUUUGUACGUAAUUUUUAUUCGGUAGGUACUCUAGCUGUGGAUAAAAUUGACAGACUAAAUAGAAAUCCUUUUAACAGGAAGUUUCUAAAUUUCAUUUAUUCUAGUGUUAAAAAAAUUGAUCUUAAGGUAUUUUUUUUUUUAAUAAGUUUUAAAAUCAAAUUUUGACGACAAUCGUAAAUAUUAUGACUUUUCAAAAUAUGUAUUAUCGAACUUCGAUCAGAAUCUUUUUUCGUUGUAAAUGGUUUGUCGUUGGCUACAGGUAUAAAUAAAAUAACUUUAUGUAUUCCGCCUACUGCUGUUAUGAUUUUAUGAUUUAAAAUUUGCUAAUAGCUACAUUAUUAGCGAGUAACAUGGGCUGUAUUUUAUUUAAAAAAAAUUAGUGAUCACUACGAACAUUGUUUUUAGGUAUUUUCGGUAAGAAUAUCUAAUUGUUUAUUUAUUUACUUUUGUUUAUUCAUGUCUCAUACUCUUUACUUUGGUGACAUGGAUGAAAACAAAAAUAAAACAUUUUUGUAAAACCAAUACAUUCUUCACUGUAUUCAGAAUGUAAAAUAUUAUCUGUUCUUAUUUAAAUGGUAACUAAAAUGUUUAGUAGAAUGCAUUAGAUUAGUUAGAUGAGAGAAACAUUUUAAAUGCGUAAAUUGUGAUUAAUUAUUGCCCCCCUCCUUCUAGAAUUAUAGCCAAGUGCCACUUAUGAAUUUUAGUAUGACAUAUGACAUGUGCUUUUUUAGGUUCUAAAUAGAGUGAAGAAGCUUAUGGUUUUACAAUGAUGUUUAUUUAUUUUUUUUUGGACAACUUUUCUACCAGAAAUCUUGCUCCUAUUUACAAUGGUAGCAUAUUUUCUGAAAACAAAUUGUACUUGGAAGGAACUUUAAAGAGGUUAUUUUUUAAUUUUCUCAAGAGUUCUCAUCAAAUGUGAAAAACUGAAAAAAAAAACAGAUGAAAAACGGGAAAAAUUUAGGGAAAACGAGAAAAUAGGUACAAUAUUAAAUGAAUAUUAUUGAAGAAAACAUAUAAUGCCUUUAUUAUUAUUUUACCAUAAUAUGACAUAUAUAAUAUUGUUGCUUACAGAUAUACAUUCAAUUUCCCUUUAAUUAUCUUCCCAAUUUCUCAUAUACAACAGUUGCCCACCCACACGCGAGUAUGUCCGUCUUUUUUUUUCUGUGAAUAGUUUUUCUACCAGCAAUAAUGCUUCGAUUUUCAAUAAUAUCACUUUUUCUGAAAGGAAAUCGGACUGGGGAGUUAAUUUUUUGAUUUUCCUAAGAGUUUUUUCAAUUAGUUGGAAAAACCAUAAAAGAAGACAGGAUACAUUAAGUUAUGUAAUUUAUAUCAGUUAGCAACGAUAAGCCAUUUUUAAUAAAAGACGAUUUGGAGCAAAGUUUGGUUACACACAGUAGGUUGAAAGGCUGUAAUAUUUACGAUUUUCGUUAAAAUUUGAUAUUAAAAUUCUUAUAAAAAUAAAAUAUCACAUUAUACUCAUUUUUUUUUUUUAUUACAAAUUACGACUUAUAAUGUACCUUGUGUUUAUAUCAAUUAUUAUGAAAACUAUUAGGAAAAUCAAAAAAUGACUUUUCAUAAGCAACUAGAUCCAAAUAGAACAAAAAAGAUUUCUUGUCAUUUUUCGAUUGAAGCACUUGUCCGUUUAUCCUAAUGUUUUUCUCGGUUUUUUUUCCAAUUAUUAUGAAAACCACUUGGAAAAUCAAAAAAUGACACCUCUAAAAUACCAAAUAGAUUCAAUUUUUUUUAAAAAAAGAUGCGUCGCUUGAUAUAUCGGAGCAAGUUUUCUGGUAGAAAUUUUGUACAGAGUAUAAAAAAAGAGCUGAUACUCGGGAUGGGUACGGCUAUUGUUGUAGGUGAGUAGUUGGAAAGAUGAGAAUAUAAAGUUAUUCAAUUUAUAACAAUUUAUAACAAUUUAUUAACAAGCGAUAAGCUGUUGCUAACGAAAAACGAUUCAGAGCGAAGUUCAGCUAUAUAAUAUAUAUGUUUUGAAAGGCCGUAAUAUUUAUGAUUUUCGUAAAAUGUUACCACUAAGUAGGACUUGAACUUCCUAUUAAAUUUACAAGCAUUUGUGUAUUGUUUUACACAGGGAUGAAAAUAUUUUAUUUAGUCACCCACUAAAUGCCAGUUUAAUUAUUGUUAAAACAAACAAUGUGAUUCGGUUGCACACAAUUUAAAUAAAAAAAAAACAUUUUAGUUCAAAUAUGGAUAAAAAUUGAAGGGGAACAUUCCUUAUAGUCUACACAAUAUUAAGCACUGAUUUGUCGUUAAGAAUUUUCAAACUUUUUAAAAAUAAUACCUAUCUUAACUGUGAAGGUCUUCAAAAUUAAAAAUUUAAAAUCGACUUUCUAAAUAUCCUAAAAAAUUGUUUAAUAAAUGCAUACAUACUAUACCAAUUAAAAUCGGAAGCUUGUAUAAUUUCCCACAGCUUAUUAGUUUAAACAGUAUGAAAAGUAGGUGUGUUCCAACCUCUUUAAUAGUUAUUUUUCGUGUGGUUAAUAAUUAAUUAGGACAAUUUUUAACAUUCAUAUUACGAGCAAAUAUAAUAAUUAUUAUGACGGUUAACCUAAAACAGUAACAAUAGUGACAUAUAUUCAUUCAUAGAUGUGUCUCUGUUGUAACUCUAAACAAACCAUGUAGGUACCUAAUAGUUAUUAGUUAUACUUUAAUACAGCCACCCAACAGUAAAUAAAAUAUCCUAUAUUUUUAUUCAUGUUUAGUACUUAAGAUGAGUAAUGGAGUGGUUAAUAUAUACCUACUAUAGGUAUAUUUAAUAUUAAUUGCACAUUUUGUUUACAUUUUAAUGUUUUAUUUAAACAGAUAUGGCCUUUUAGGACCCAGUGGUUGUGGCAAAUCAACACUUCUUGAAUGUAUUUUGGGAACAAAAACCUUAGAUUUUGGAUGUAUUGAUUUGAAAGCAAAAUAUCUGAAAGAUGUGGGGUAUAUGCCUCAAGUAAAUUUUAAAGUACUUACUAUGCAAUAAAUUGAACAAAUAACUAAUUAUACUACCUAUAGGAUUUAUGUCUGGAAGGAAUAUUGACUAUAAAAGAAACAUUUGAAUAUUUUGGAAGAAUUUAUAAAAUGAGUGAUCAAAAUAUUAAGACAAGAAUAGCUGAACUAAACGAAUUUCUUCAAUUUCCUGACAUUAAUAGUUACAUCAAAGAAAUAAGGUAAAAUAUUUUAAGUAAAUUUGAUCUUAGUCAUUAUAGAAUUCAACGAGCACAAUUAUUAUAGGUAUAAAUAUUUAUCCAUGUAUAUCACGGCCCUAUUUAUAAUGUUGGGACCUAAUAUUAAAUAUUUCACCCUACCCUAUACUGCUGUCUUAAAAAAAAACAUCAAGAAUCGAAAAAAAAAAUAAGAUUAUACUGUAUUACGUUGAAUAUUAUAGUUUUACACGUUUUCCUAGUAUAAUUCUAUUAUUUUUUUUUCGAUUUACUGUGUUUUUUUUAAGACGGCAGUAUUAUAGAUAUCGAUAUGGUAUAUACAAAUAAAAUACAUUUUCAAUAUAGCACCUAUAUUAAAAAAUAAAAUCGAAAAGUUAUUAAAUCUCAAUUUAUUAAUCAAUUUUUAUUAUUUAUAUAAAUUAGUGUUGCGCAUCAAAUCCGGAUCAAUUAUAAUAAUCAAUUCGGAUUUGAAUAAAAAACAUUUAUUUAAAUUAUUAAUAACAUAAUAUCCAUUUAACUGUUCCAAGUUGUUUCGUUUAAUGGUAACUACUAUCUAGUUAAUACUUUUUAAGCCCAUUUUAAACAAAUGGACGGAUUGAAUCCGAGAAUCCGGAUUGGAAAACAUAUUUCUCAGCACUAAUAUAAACCCAAUAUUGAAUUAUAAUAAUGGUUAAUUAACUACAGUGGUGGAUUUAAGGAAAAAGGCCCGGACGGAAUAUUAGGUUUUAAUAACCAACAUUUCAAAGAAAUAAGCAUUGAAAAAUGUCAAAAUAUGUCAACAUAUGCCUUAAAACAUUUUAUAUGUAUAACAAAUAAAAAAAAAAAAACAGAUUGUUUUAAUUGUAUGAAAAUAUAGCGCUAAAAGAAUAAUUUUGGUGGUCUAAAAAUUGUCGGACAAUAACUGUUUCUAUUUAGGUCGUGUUUUACUCAUGACAUUAUAAAAUCACACCGUCCGACAGGCCGUAUCUAAAAUACACGCGUGUUAUUCAUUUCGCACGAAUAAAAUUAAUACAGAGAAAAAUAACUGAUUUAAGGUAUAAAAAGGUUAUACAUUUCUUUAGAUGCUUAUAUAAUUUUUAUAGCAAUUAACUAUAAUGUAAGAACUCAAAUAAAUAAUCGUGUAAACUAAUUCAACAAAUUCCGUUCGGAUUUUGGCCGUUCAGUUUUUUCCGUACGGUCAAAACAGUAUAGAACCGUAAAAGCCGGGUUCCCAUGACUCGUGUAUUUGACGAAUAUACACGAAUAUUUAAAUAAUCGGCAAUCGCGAUUGGAUUUUAUACCACGAUUAUUAUCACUUCGCCAUUUUUAUACCGACAAUCCGCAGAGAGAUAACGAGUGACAAUUAACGAAAAACGAAUGCCGAAUAUCGUACAAGUACUCCGUUUCCACUACUCGGUGAAUAUCAAUGAACAUCGAAUAUUCAUCAAAUACACGAGUUGUGGUUACUCGGCUUUAUAAUGUGAAAAGAACCUUACAAUCGUUUUUUGAUAAUAAUUGGAAAAACCAGAAAAAGACGAAAAACUAACAAAUUUACAGCAUUACGAUUUCACUAUUUUGAAUUUUUUACGCAUGAUGUUUUCUAUCAGAAUAUUGCUCCAAUAUAAAAACAGCAAGAUACCUUUUUUGUUGCAUUUUUAAUCUAUUCGGUAUCCAAAAAAGUCGUUUUUUGAUUUUUGUAGUUUUUUUAAUAAUUAAGCAAAAUCGAAAAAAACGCAAAAACAACGGGAAAAUUUACGAAAAUAAUUCUUUUAUUAAUUUCAAUUUUCAUUUUUUGAAAAUUAAUAAUUCAGUUAAAAAUGUAUUUUAUAUUUUAUAUUUACUUUAUUUAUUUACUUUAAAAGGAAAAAAAUGCAAAAUAAAAUAUUAAAAUAAGUAUAACUAAUUAUUUCUAUAAUGAUUUUUGGAAUUCUUUUUUAGAAAAUAAAUAAACGGCAAAUUCUACAUUUUUUGUAUCUAUACUGUGUCUUAUUUAUUGUACAAUAUAUUAAAAUAUCGCAUAGUAUUUAAUCCGUGAUUGACAAUUGUUUGUUUUAUGUUUCAUCAGAUGGGUGGGAGGCUGUUCAUGCAUGUCCGAAUUGUCCGACCGUUCAAUCCGCCAUUAAUUAACUGUAUAUGUAAUAAUUUUAAAUUGAAAUUCACGGGCAUAUAGACAAAACAUGUAAUAGUGCAAUACACUCUUAUUUAUUCCUCCAUCAGAUAGAGUCUAUCUUUAUCAGAUAUUACUAAACAUAAAUAUAUAUCUAAUUGUUUGCAAUUUUUUUUUUUUUUUUAUGAACAAAGCUGACUUAAAUAAAUGAUUCGAGUAUUAAGUAUACCUAUGUAUAUUUGCUCAACGCAUUAUUGAUUUAUUUAAAAAUAAUGUGUUACCUACUACCUAGGUAAUAAAAAAAAUUUUAAUUUUUCUAUGUAUAUAGUGGUGGACAAAGCAAACAAGUAUCAUUAGCAGUUGCCCUAAUACAUGAUCCAAAAUUAAUAAUAUUGGAUGAACCAACUGUAGGAAUUGAUGUUUUACUGAGACAAAAGUAAGUUACCAUUUAAAGCCGUAUUAUAUUAAUUUAAUUGCAUUUAAUAUAUUUUUACUUAUGCGUAAAACGCAAUUAGGAUUUGGGUUGAAUUCAUAAAAAUGACCAAACAACUUAAAAAAACAAUAAUAAUUACUACGCAUUAUAUCGAGGAAGCAAAUGAGGCUAAUUGCGUAAGUUUUAAUUUUUUUUUUUUUGUCGAUAAAACGUAAAAAUACAAGUUUGUAGAUUUAUUGAAUUUUCGUUAUUACUUAUUAUAUUUUACCUAGUCCACAACGAAAACUUAUAUUUGAGUUAUUAUUAUCUGAAAAAAUCACUGUAGGUUUAGUUUUAAAAAUAAAUCGUUCUUUAACUAGAAGAUUAAAAAGUUGAACAUCAUACGUCAAUAAUUAUUAACAAUAUUAUUGUAGUGGUAUUUAACAUAAUUUUAAGCCUAGGUAUAGCGAUUAUAUUUUAUUUAUUUUAUUAAAUUUUAGAUAGGUUUAAUCAGAAAUGGAAUUUUGGUAGAAGAAGGAUCACCUCAGAAUAUUAUUACAAAAUACCGUAGGAAUACAUUGGAAGAAGCUUUUUUAUCAUUAUGCUGCAGUCAAGAAACCAAUGAAGUAUACAUUCAUUAAUAUAUUAUGUAUAAUUAUAUUUAAACGACAGGCUGGUGGUUUUAAGUUCGAUACUGUACUUACAUUAAUGAAAUCGCAGUUAGUUUACUUAUCUAGUUUAUCAUAUCAUUAUAAACUAUGAUUAUAUUAUCCGGCAUGUUUGCAAAAAGUAUUGCAAUUAUACUAAUUGUACUUAUAUAAAAAAUCCCGUACGGUUUUUGCCGUUUUCAGUUGCAUCCGAAGUAUACAAACAUGUUAUACAAAUACAAAUUAUUUUUAAGAUCAGAUAUUUUUUUUUAUAUACAAGUGAAACUACCAAAUUAAUGAAAACAUGAAUGAGAUAGGUACUUUGAGGAAGAUCCAAAUUAAAACCUUAAUGCAUUUUAAAAAAUAAUAGCUUUUACUAUAGGUACAAAUUGUAUCUUACAAUACUUAUUUGGACCUGGAUUAGUUUUAUCAAUAGGAUAUUUUGGUUUUUACAUCGGCGAAGUGCCCUUUUACAGCGAAACGGGCGAUAGUGAAAUGGUAACGGCGACUUGUCCUAUCUCUUAUAAAUCGAAUUAACGGAGAUUUAUAAAUUUAAUAAUUAUUCAAUUCGGAACAAAACUCUCUAGUUGGGCAAUUUACCUAGAUAUUUAAAUUGAAAUAAAAAAUGCAUGUUAAAAGCUAAAUUAUUUUCAAAUAUUCAAUAAGGUUUUGAUUUGAAUUACAGUAUCUUAUUUAUCAAUCAAGGACAAGUUACCAUUUCGCCGUUGAAAAAAAAAAAACCAAAUAGGUAUAACAAAUGUGUACAACUAUUAUUAUAUGUACAAAGUUACUUCAUUCGUAUGGGUAAAUUAAUACUACUUGUUUAUACUAAGUAUUAUUAUACGAUCAAUAAGUAAUAAGAGUUGGUUGUUAAAUACUAUACUUUCGUAUACUUAGAUUUUUAACAAUAAAAUUUAAGGAGUAUCCUGUUGACGAUACUAACUUUUGUUUUUUAAAUGAGAACCUGUAUUAAACAUUUCAUAAAUAGAUGGAAUAUUAGAUAAAAUAAAUUUUGGUGUUGACAUUUUUGAAAUUCUAAGUUGUGUUCUUUUAAACAAUUUUUCAUGUACAUAAUACAAAUUGCACAUUUUUAGAUUAGUAAAAAGAAAGUUUACGUCCAACGAAAAAAAAAACUAAAUAAUACACGUCUGAAAUCGGAGAAUAACUUUGAUUUGUAUAGAAUUAAAGCCCUGACAAAAAAAUAUUUUCGUAUGUGUUAUCGAGAUUUAUGGUAAGUAUAACGUUUGUAAAAUACAAUUGGAUGAUUUUAAAAUGUAUGUAAUUUUACGAAUUAUAGGUUUUUUUUUAUUGUGAUAUGCCUUCCCAUGAUACAAUAUAACAAUUUUAGUAUUUCCUUUGGACAAAACAUCAAUGGUUUGUCAAUAGCUAUUAAAAAUGACGAGGUUAAUUAUUUAGAUUGCCGAAAUUUUAAUGUUAAUGGAUGCAUUGCCGAUGAAAAUAGCAAUCUAACGAUGAGUUGCGUUGUCGUGAAUUACCUCGUGUCACUUAAUAGAUAUAAAUUAGUAGGUCCUAAACUUUUAAAUAAAUUAGUUUAUAUCGUGUUUGGUUUUUUAUGUAAUCAAUAAAUGUGAUCUAAUGUUUUGCAGGAAUAUUAGUUAAUCUUAAUAUUAAUUAUAGUCAAUAGAUUUUUAAAUUAUAGCCAAAUCAUAUUUCAGAUCGAAGUAAAUGAUUUUGAGGUUGGUGAAUUGAGUUUGAAUAAUCCAAAUUACAUGGCAUUUCUACAUUUCCCGAAAGCCUAUACUAGAGCUUUGGCCAAAUACAUCGAUAGUCACAAUGAUUCAGAUGGUGAAUCUUUAGCUUAUGCCCGUUUAACUAUGGAUAGUAAGUACUAGCAGUAUUUGGAUUUAAAUGAGUGUUGUUGUUUUACAUUAUUUAUCAUUCCAGAUUUUGUGUUCAGAAAUCAAAUUAAAACGGACGUGUUGAACUCAAUAAACUAUGUGUUAAAGCAAACUUUAAUUGGUUGCGCCAGUAAUCCAAAAUCAAUCAGUGUACCAAUUGUGAGUUCGGCUAAAUAUAUACAUAUUACAUAAAUAUAUAUUUUCAAAUUUAUUAUUAUAAGCUGAAUAACAUUAGGUAGUUAUAUAAACAUAAAUAGUUUUACAAUAUGUCUGUAAGAGAUGAUCCAGAUAAAACUGUUUCUGUAGGCCGUUUAGAAGUAAAAACAGCGAGAUCAUUUUUCCCUUGGCCCAAUUUUAGUAAAAUGUUUAAUGCGCCCCUUANGUAAUGUUGUUCAUAUUUCAAGUAUUUAAAGUUUUAUUAUAUUCUGUAAUUAAGUAUAUUAUUUUAUUAAUUAGCUUGUAAGAAGAGAGAUGUGAUAAUAGUUGAUUAUGUUAAUAAUAUUAUCAAUGUAACCGUUUAGGUUAUGUGGUAGUAUUGUUAUCAUGUUACUUGUUAGGUUAAGUAAUAUUAUUCUAUGUUAGUUACUCUCUCGUCUCUGUAGUCCGUACAACAUGUCGAUUUAUCAUUAACGUAAUAUUUAAAUAAAAAACCUUUUCUUACAAUAAUGUGUUUUAACCAAAUUAUUAUUAAAUAAAACACGACACUAUAUUUGAAAAAUUAUCUAAACGCUACUUUGAAAACUUUAAAACAAAACAAUUGAUACAAUUAGCAUCGUUUUUAGAUUCUUCUAUAUUUCGCAUAACAAACUUACUAACACUAAAUUCAUAAUAUUUUGUUAAUGAUUAUCUUCUCAACUAAUCUGGAGAUCAAUCAGGAGAAAUAAAUAAAAAUAAAUCGCUUUCAUCGGAAAAAAAAACGUUAUUCUGGUAAGUUUAUAAUAUUUAAAAAAAAUUUUAUUUGACACAUAACUAUAAUGAAACAUUUUGUACAAUUUAUAGGUAUAGCUUUAUUUUUAAGCAAAAAUGUACGUUCUGAAUCAACAUAAAAUGACCAAAAUAUUUUUGAGGCGGAAAUCGAAAAAUAUAUUCAAAUUUCCAAAGCAGACCUAGAUUCAGACCCUCUUACUUGGUGGAAAAUAUAUAAAUCAGAGUUUCCGAAUUUAUUUUCAUUAUCAAGAAAAUAUUUAUGUAUACAAGGCACUAGCGUACCUUUUGAAAGAUUGUUCAGUUAUGGAGGUAACGAAAUUACUGAUAAACGUAUAUCAUUGUCAGCGGAACAUGCCGAACAACUAAUAUUUUUUUCAACAAAUUUUAAAAUUCUCAUAUGAUGGUUGAUUAGUUGAAUUAGUUGAUAGUUAACUAGUAUGAUUUUUAUUUUUAGUAUUUUGGUAAACUUUAAUUUAAUUAUAUUAACUUUGUUGUGUAAUGUAACAUAUUUAUGUAAAACAAAUAUUACUACUAUAAUUAUUUAUUAUAUUACUUUGAAUUUGUUAAAAUCAUCAAAAUGACAAUUUUUAUGAUUAUGAUAUAAAACAGUGUAUACUUAUAAAAAGUAUAUACGAGUAUACCUUUGUUAUUUUAUUGUAAAAGGAACACAUUUUUAAAUAUGUAUUUUAGUAUAUACAUUACCUAUUAUAAGUAAUAUAAUUAUUUUAACAUGUAUGGCUAUGAUUUUAUGUUUUAGUGUAUAAUUUAUAUCAUAAUUAAUAAUUCAAUUUAUCACUCAUUACUAUGUAUAACAUUAUUCAUUAUUAGUUAUAAUGACUGUGAUAUUAUAAUAUCUUAUAAUUCUUGUACCUAAUUAAUAAAAUUUAUUACUUUAUUAUCAAACAAGUAAUUUUUAUUUCAGUUGAAUAUAUUUUANACUUCCUAUAAAUUUCCCAUGACUAUCUAGGAGUACAUUUUACUUUUAGUAAAUGUGGUGACAUAUUUCUAAAAAUGUAUUGAAAAUACAUAAAGACGGCAGAAUUUGAAUUUAAUCAACCUUGAUUGGUUGAGGUUUGGAAAAUUCCGUUUGCUAACAUUUUGUAAAUCUCGGCGAGUAUGUUUUUUUUUGCCAUAUCAUAUUAUUAUAAUUGAGGGGCCCUUGAAUUAAUAUGCUUCUGAACUCCAAAAAACCACCUACUAUUCCCAUGGUAAUUUAUUUAUAUUUUUAUAAACAUACAAGUGUAUAGUACACAUACCUAUAUGGUUAGGUAUGGCAAAAACGGAGUUUAGAAUUUACAAUUUUAUAACCGAAAAUAUAAUAUCAACCUGUAAAAUUUAAAAUUCAAGAGGGAUAACCGUUAGUCUAAACCUACAUCUUUUGGAAGGUAACUACAUAAAAAAAAUAUUUUCUUAUCACCAUUAAAAAAAUCAUUACCAAAUACGAUAUUAUUAUACUAUUUAAUCAUUAUAUUCUGUAGAACUGUACAUGCGUUACAGAAAAUAUUGACAAAUCAAUAAAAAAUCUAUUUAGUCAUUUAAUAACUAUCUUUUUUUUUCAAAAAUAAAUUAAGUGAUAUAAUUACAUGAAUUCUGUGUAUCGAUUUAGGUAAAUAUCAUAAUUUAUUGACGGAAAUUAUAACAGUGAACAUAUUAUUAUGACUUAAAAAUAUUUAAGCGGUUAAUACUUUAAAAUAAAAAAUAACAUGCAAUAUAUAUAUUUUAAACAUAACUAAAUAUUAAUAUAUAUAUUUAAAAUAACAUGCCCUGACUGACUAACUGGCUAAUUUAUUAUCGCCUAGCCCAAACCACUGAACAAAUCGGGCUGAAAUUUAAUUUGGCACACAGAUAGCUAUUAUGACGUAGGCAUCCGCUAAGAAAGGACUUUUGAAAAUUCAACCUCUAAGGGGGUAAAAUAAGAGUUUUUAGGUACAUUUGGUUUGAAUAUCUAAUUGCUUAUUUAUUUAUUUUUGUUUAUUCAAGGGUAUUGCGGAAAAGAAAACUAUUAUAAUAAUAAUUAUUACUAUUUUUUACACUAUUAAAAUUUCACAAUAAAAUAAUAUAUUUAUUCCACGGAAGGUGGACUACCCACUUUUCAUUUAUUUGUUUUCAUUCAAUUCUGACACGGCCAAAACUAAAAAUGAAUUUGGGUAAAAUAAUAAUAAUAAAAAUUGUCACGAACAACGUCGGGCGCAAGACAGCUAGUAUAAUAUAUAUAAAAUUAGUAUUAUACAAAAUUAAUAAAUAGGAACAUUUAUUAUAAAAAUAAACGUCUCCUGAUGUAUUAUUUCACAUUUUUUUUUUUUUUUAAUUAAUAAAUUUAUUUUUCAGAAAUUCAAGAAUUUAUAUGGCAAUGAAGUAAAAUCACUUGCAAAUAGUAUCGUUCAUCUUUUUAUAGCAUUGUAAUUAUAUUAUUUUAUAUUUAUAACAAAAUAAUAAUCAGUAGCUUAAUUUGAUUUUAUUUUUAUAUUAGAACAUUCAAAUUCAAAGAUUCUAACCAAACUUUAAUACAAGCAUAACUUUAAAAAUAAUAUCAUCUCUGCUUUUCUUUAAAAUAAUUAUAAUUAAUUCAUAAAAUAAUUUCAUAUUUUUGCUUCUAAAUUUAUCUAACAGUGGAUAAGAAACUAUAUCUCGGAAUUUUAACUGAUUUUUUUUUAAAUUUUAGGUCCGUAUUUUAUAUUUCUAGUAUAACAUCAGGAAACAUAAUGAUCUCCGAAAAAUUGGAAGGAAGUCUUAGGCGAUCCAUAUUUGCGGGUAAUCAUCAAAUAAAUUAUUGGCUUUAUAUGGUAACAAUUUAUAUUAGACGUAGUUCUAAUAGGUUAAAAUCUAUGAUUCUAGGUGUCAACUUACCGGAAUGUGUAUUAUCCUUGUUUUUUAUAAGCACAAUUAUACAAUUGAUUCAAAUAAUUGUUAGCUGUUUUAUUUUGUUUGGAUACUAUUCGAAUCCAGUACAAAUAACCAGUGGUUUGUUUACGUAUGUGUUAGUUCUGUCAUUUUUGGGAUGGGUAGGAUAUUUCAUUGGUAAGUUUUUUGUAAUUUUAUUUAAAAAAAUCAUUAUUUUUUAUUUGCGUUAUCUAAUUUAGGUAUAAAAUAAGUUAACAAAAUCGCUGAAUGUUUCAUGUUUUACAAAGGUCUAUUAUACAUGUAUAUAAUACUUAGAACUUAAUUAACCACCUAUCAAUGUCAUUGAAUUCACAAUUUUCUAUGAUAUACAUCUACUUUUACAUUCUGAGUAGAGCAAAGAAGCUUAUGGUUUUACAAAGAUGUUUAUUUAUUUUUUAUUUUUUACAUCUGUGCGUAACUUUUCUACUAGAAAUCUUGCUUCGAUUAAGUGUAGCACCUUAUCUGAAAGGAAAUUCGAUGAAAUUCGUAAAUAAAACAAUUUACAAAACAACACUAUAAAUCGAACUCCGUUUAGAAUCGUUUUACACUAGCAAUGGUUAAUCGUUGCGUACAGAUAUACAUUAAAUUUUCCAUCUACUACCUUUCAAAUUUCUCACCUACAAGAGUGCGAAGUAUGUUUGUAUCUUUAUUUUUACACAUGAACUCUUUUUAGACCUCACUUUUUAAGUUUUAGGCUGCUCAAUGAGCUCAAGUGCUCAAUUUAAUAUUAUGUUUCUUUUAAGAUGACCCAUACCUGACCUUAUAAUAUAUUAAACUUUAGCUAAGUCUUGUUUAUAGUAGGUAACUCUACUCUAUAGUACACGCACGAGUCAGCCAAUCAAAAUUUUGUUUUUACGCAUAUAAUAAAUAGAUUAGGCGUAUUAACAGGAUAAAUUAUGCUUAUUUACAAAAUCUAAUCUAGUGGUUAUACGUUAUUUAAAAAUAUUCAAACUGUUUGUCAUUAUACGAGUUUCAAAUUAAUAAGAAUAUUUUAUAUAUUUACUGAUACCGAUAAUAAUCACCUACCUAUCUAUACUAAUAUUUCGAUAAUAUCUGUAAUAUUGAUAUUUAAAUAUUUUAUUCAGAUAACAUUUCACUCUUAUUUAUUUGGGUUAGGUUCACAAUACAAAAUGUCAGUUAAUUAAACAAACUUCAUUUGAUAUAGUCAAUCUUCUUACUCUUCUUUUUUAUCUCAGCUAUUUUGGGUUAGCUCAAUUCUGAGCUAAGUGAAGAAUGCAUUGAUUUUACAAUGGUGUUUAUUUUUUAGAUUUGGUGCGUAGCAAGGGUCUACUAAUUGGUUUUACUAUAAUGUGUGUUUAAAAUAAUUAAAAUGUUAUUUAAAAUUACGUGUGUACAAUUUUCAAAAAAUUUGAGCUAUUUAUAAAAAUUUUAAUUUUGUAAGUUUCUUACGUAACUCUUAUUUGGUAGGUACCUACUCUGUGGAUAAAUUGUUUGACCAAAUAGAAAUGCUUGAGAAUUCAACAGGAAUUUCAUUAUCAUUCGUAUCAAAAAAAAAAAAAACAAUGGUUUAAUAUAAUAUUUUUUUUCAUAAGAACUGUAAUAUCAAAUUUUUAUGAAAAUCGUAAAUAUUACGGUCUUUCAAAACAUGUAUACUCGUAACCGAACUCCGUUAAGAAUCUUUUUUCGUUAGCAAUGAUUAAUUUUUGCUCACAGAUAUACAUAUAUUAAAUUCUCCUCUAUAACCUAUCUUCCCAACUUCUCACCUACAAUAGUGACUCAUCCAUUGUACAAAGCAUGUCCGUCUUUUAGAUUUCGAGCUUAGCGAGAGAGAUAUUGGUUUUACAAUGCUGUUUAUAUUUUUGUUCUUUAUUCUAGUCUGUGGACACGUUUUUUCCACAUAAUGGUAAACUUGCCCCGAUCUUUACGAACCGCAACUUUUCUGAAAGCUCAAGUUAUCUAGAUUGUAUUUAAAAAAAGUCUUUUUUUGAUUUUUGAAGCAAUUUUUAAAAUAAAAGCACUUAAGUGGGAAAAAAACGUAGGAAAACGUACAAUUUCACGAUUUCAUUAUUUUAUAAAAACACGGACGACCAGAAAAAAUGAUUUAAUCGAAAAAUCACAUAAUACAUUUUUUGUUGCUUUUUUAAUUUACUUUCUUACGGUAUCAUCGCCAAAACUUUUGAGUCACUUUUGAGGUUUUAAGGAAUUUUAAUUUUUGGAAGCUUUUUGCUGUAAUUCGGUUAUAAAUACACGUAGAGACUUGAAACUUGGUAAUAAUACUUAAAUUGGACUUAACUAGACGUAGUAAAAUUUCCAAAAUCAUCAGACGAUAUUUUUAAAAUUUGUUUACAAUGGUACUUUAUAUUUUUUGUGUAUAUACUGUAAACCACUUUAAUCCUAGAAAACUUGCUCCGAUGUAUAAGUGUAGCACCUUUUCUGAAAGUCAUUUUUAUCUACUCGGUAAAUACAUAGGUAAUUUUUUGAUUUUCGAAACGAAAAGUCGGGAAAAAAAAACAAUUUUUUCACAAUUUCGCUAUUUUAAAUAAGUACCUACCACGUUUUCUAACAUAAAUAUGGCUCCAAUUGAAAAACGGAAAGAGAACAUAUUUUUGUGGAUUUUUUUUUUAAUAAGCGUUUUGAAAUUAAAUUUAAACGAAAAUCGCAAAAAACAUUACAACACUUCAAAUUAUUUAUUACCGAACUGCGCUCGAAAUCGUCUUUCGUCAGUAAUGGUUUAUCGUUGCUUACAGAUAUAAAUGACAUAACCUAACCUUAUGUAUCCUACCUUCCCAACUUCCCACCUACAACAGUGGCUGCAUCCUUCCCUAUUAUCAGCUUUUUUAAUUUAUAGUUUAAAAUGCCGUUUAUUUCAUGUUUUCAUACUAUACAUUUGUUUAAUAUUUUGUUUUAGGGAUAUUUAUUGCUAUUAUAUCGAAAACACAAUUAACUAAUAUUUUCCUUCUAACCGGCGUGUCUCUGACCCAGUUCAUAUUGCCAGGUAUGUAAAUACACGUUUGUUAUAAAAGAAAAUUAUCCUAUAAUGCUAAUUAUUUACCUAUUCCAAUAUUGUUAAAUUUUAAUCUAUUGCAGGCGUUUAAAAUAUCUUAAUUUUGUUUCAUAAUUUAUUAGUUUAUUACAAAUAGGUAAUAUAAAUAAUAACUUCUGUUAAGUAUUUUUAAUAUUUAUAAUGAUACAUUUUCUUCUGAAAAAACAACAGCCUGUCUACCCGUAUAAAGUGAAAAAAUAUGUUUUAUUUAUAUUAUACAUACCUACUUCGAUACUUAAUGAAUACAUAACCACAUAGUUACAAAGGACAAUGGUCGGGGUAAAUUAAAAUAAAAAAAAAAUUUUGUGGGUUUAUUCUAUAAAAUAUACUUGAGUUCCAUAUAGGUAAUAGCUGUUUUAUUAUUAUUGUAGGAAUAUUAAAUUUAUUACAUAAGUAGGUAUAUAGUAUACAUUAAUACUAUGAAUAAAUACCUUAGAAAACUUAAAUAAAAGUGGAGAUAUUUUUAAAAGGAAUAGUAGUAACUAGUAUAACCCAUUGACAACACUUUCGUAUUUUUAAGCUAGGUAAUUAAGCAUCUUAAAGAAGGAUAUCAACAUGACCAUUUGAAUUUGAGUUUCUGUGCAGAGUAUAACAUAUCUAACAUAGUUAUUUUUUUAUCAUUGAUUAGGUAAUAACGAAUAAGUUUGUGUGUUUUUAGUUGAGAGUGAAAGCGUUUACACUUAUGUUAAUUAUAUUUUAACUAUAGUCGGUAUGUUUCGGUUUUUUAAUUGAACAAGUUAAGUAUUGAUAUAUAUCGGUGGAUGAGGGAGAAGUGAGUAAACGUAAGUAGGUAAGUAUAAUUAUAUAUCCCUGAAAUACUGGAAAUUUGGGUUCAAUAAAUCCAAAUAGAUUCUAUAUUUUAUGUUACUACUAGAUUUUGUUAUCAGUAUUAGGUACCUAAGUACUUAGUUUUUAGAAAUAAUUUUACUUUUGUUGGUAUAAAGAACAAGAUUAGUAAAGUCUAUAUAUUUGGUAUUUUUUAUAUUAAGUCUAGUACUUUGCUUAAGAUAAUAUUUUAAAUUCAGUCUACGUAUGAGCCGGUUUUGCUAUUUCGAUGUAGGUAGGUAUAUUGGAUACAGCGGCAUUCGCAACAUUGACGUCAUAUCUAAUAAAAACAUUUCGUGUUCAAGGUUGAAUUUCAUUAAUAUAUUCUCUAUUAGAUAAUUGAAGUUCGAAAGUGACUUUUUUAGUAAAGAAAUUAAUUUAAAGUUGUUAUAUAGAUAUAGGUACUUAAAAAGGUAGGUGUAUGCAAUAAUUAAAUAUCCAUAUAAAAUCUAGCGUCUAGGUAGGUAUAUAAACUAAAUUACCUUGUAUUAUAUGUUGCCUUCUCCAGGCACGUAGCCAGGGGUCAUGGGGUCUGGACACUCCCCUCCCCGAAACUUAAUCUUCUCACCAAAAAAUCAGAUUAUUGGUGUUUGGUGAUAAGUUUUAUGUUUGGACCUCCUCUCCCCCAAAAAAAUCCUAGCAGUAUCAAUUUGAUUAAAUAAUUUUUUGUUUAUAUUUAAUAUAAUAGGUACAGGAUUUUUUUCCAUCUAUACUUGUAUUUGUCAAUUAUCAUAUUUAUAAUUUGUUGUGUAUUCCAGGAAAAAAAUUAAAUUAUUGAUUAAUUUAACUGAUGCAUACAUCAAUAAUGAUAGGUACUGUGAUUUUAUAUUUUUAAUGGUUUUAAAGAUUUUGGUAAUUUAAAUCGGUUUCUUAAUAAAAACUAACAAUUGAAGCUUUGUUGGUAUACGCCUUUAAAUUGGGAUACCAAGCGACUCUGGUAUAGAUCUCGGCCAAUUUCAGAAAUCAUACUGGUUUUAUAAUGAUAAAACAUAAACAAAUAAAAAUAUUCAUUGUAAAAAAUUCGAACAAACCUAACACUUCAGAGUGAAAGUUGCAAGAUACUAACUGAGGUCAUUCCUUCAGCAUUCUUUCACUGCACGUGACAGCGAUUAAUGCAAACUUAAUUGAUUAUGAAUGCCGAACACUAUAUUCUGUGUGGUAAAGUAUUGUAAUAACUAUACCUAUACAUACUCGGGCACAAUAAUAACUGUCAGGUUAUACAUUAUUACAAGAUCCUCUAAUAACAACAAUAAUAAUACAUUAUUAUAAUAAAGAAAAUAUUGAAUAGCACUUAAAAGGCAUUUACAAAUAGGUAUAGGUAUUAAGACAUAUUACUGUAGGUAGGUAUAUGAUUUGGAAAAAGUCAUUCAAUAGUAGGUACUCAAUAGUAGGUAAGUAUUAAAAUUACCUCAUAUUGCCUUCAUAUGUCAUAAUAAUCUUUUAUGCAGUAGAAAUACGGCUACUAAGAAAAUCUAAAAUAGAUACAAAAAAGGAACGAUCAAGGGUCAAUGAAAUAUUAAUUAAUUAUAGUGGAGAGUGGAGGAGGAAAUAUGAAGAUCAUGCAAUUCGAAGUUCAAGUAUAAUAGAGGUAUUUUAAUAAGAUGAAUAAGUUAAAGAGUAUGACAUUAGUUGGAGGAAUCAAAAAGAGCUAAUACAAGUUGGAUAUUUGAGUAGAAUCUGUGUGGAAAAAAUCUUUGGAAAGGCCCAAGCAACAAAAAAGAAUAGACAAUCAAGUGUGAGAUGGGAUGAUUCUCAGAAUAUUAAAAUAAGAAAUAAUGUAUUGUAUCAUUUUUCUGUAGGAUCUUUAAUUGAUUUGUUAUAACCAUAUUAUAUAAGUAUAUCUAGAAUUAAUUUUUUUUUAUUUAUUGGUAUCUACCUAUCAAUUGUAUUAAUUUUAAAACAUUUUUCAUUAUUAUCCAAUUAUGUUACGUACUUGGAUCAAUAAAAACAAUACAUUCAUUUAAUUUUUUUUUUCACAUGUAUAAUUCUAAUUACAUCUAAAUUUUAAAUUUUCAUUUGGAAAUGUUUACUAUUCCAGAGAACAAUUGAUUUUAUAAUAAACUAAACUAUAAAAUAUACUAUAUUUUUUAAUCAAUGCCAAAACUAAAAAAGAAAGUCUAUUAUAAAAUAAACUCUAAUAGAUUUCUUGGAACCAGAGUGAAUCUAAUAUUGAUACUGAACAAUAAUGAAUUAAGUGUUGGGGAUACCUUUCUUUAAACUUAGACUUAAAAUUUAAAAAAAAAUCAAAUAAUAUUUUAAACAUGGGUAAUUUUUAUUAGGUACUGUCUGUAAAUAGUUUUGUAAAUUGGAUAGUUUUCUUCUGAAGAUUUUGGCACCAGAUAAGUAGGUACCUACUUAAUUUUGGAUUAAUUGAAUCCAGAUAUUAAGGUACUAUUAUAUUUACUUGACCACAUAAUAUAACUAACGUUAUGCCAAUUUAAAAGUUAAUUAAAAAUGCAAAUUAUUGUUCACAUUCAAUUUUUAAGUCAUUUUUUUUAAAAUUAUUUAUUUUAUUUAGGUAUUUUAUGGCCUGUGGAAGGACAGUAUUAUUUAUUAAGGAAAGUGUCCAUGGUACUACCAAUUCGUUUAGCAGGAAAUACGAUGACCAACAUAGCAUUAAAAGGCUGGACAUUAGAACAUCCAUCGAUUAUUACAGGAUCCAUAAUAAUGUUUAUGUAUGUCAUUUUACUCUUGUUUAUUUUAAUUAUUUUAGGAAAAUUAAAAAAGAACAUGUGGCUAAGCUAAUAAUAGAAAACUAAAAAUUAGAGUUAACUUUUUAUUGCUCAAUUUUUUUUUUAAAAUUUUGUAUUUAUCAACUUACAAUUUAAAAAUCUAUAAAAAUCAAUGCAUGAAGAACCUUACUCUCCCAACUCUCAUAAAUCCUAAGAUUACAGUUAGUAAAAUGAAUAUUUAAAAACGAGGUAGGUACCUACAAAAUUAUUAUUUAUCUUGUUUUAGUAAAUUUGUUUUCCAGGAAUUAUUUUUAAAUAAUUGGUAUGGGAUAGGUACAAAUUAUUACUGUUAAAUUGUUUAGUAUUGAAAACAGUGAUAAUUAAAAGUUGAAUUUUUUUUUAAAUCAUUCUUAGCACUCAAAUAAAGCACAAUUAAUAUUCAUAGUGAAAUUUUAAAUCAAUUUUUGUCAAGUGUUUAUAAGUUGUUAUUCUAGUAUAAUAUUAAGGUAAUACAUUUGUAGAUAAUUUUACACUAAUUAUUAAUAAUGAUAAUAGAUUAUUGAUGUCAAUGAUAACAUUGUAAUUUUUUUUUAUAUAUUUUGUUAUUUUGUUAAUAAUAUAAAUAUAAGAAAAAUGUACCCGCUAGUACCUACAUACAGGAGGGGACUGAGCAGGUCUGCUGAUCAGCAAACGUGGAUUGGCCUGUCAUCCACACUAGAAUUUGGCCUGUUGGACAAAAAUGUAUAUCUCUUCUUAUAUGAUAAGUUGUAAACCCUAAACACUGAAUAAUAUGUGUAUAAACAGCAAAAAUAUUACUAACAAAUGUACAGUAGUAAUUUCGUUAUUUUUUUUUAUUAUUACUCGAAUGCAGAGAUAAGCUUUUUUUUUUGCUUCCAGAAAAACAAACGUAUAAUGCAAAGUAUGGGAGUCCUACCUUUAUAAGUCCCUUGCGCAGUCUUAGCAGAUUUUUUGAAACUAGAUGAUCAAUCAAUUUUAUGGUCAAUUAGUAUAUGAUUAAAAUUGCAAUGUUAACAAUGGUUUUUAUAAAAUAAUUUUAAUUUUUGGCACUUAUAUUUCAAUUUUGGCUUCAUUAAGAGGGGAUUCUUAGUGUAAUCUUUCAAUUCAUAAACCAAAUUACCCUGUAUCUUAUAUCUUUUCAGUUUUCUUACUCAUUAACACUAUCCUGUAUGUUGUAUAAGGAGCGUAGCAACUACUUAUGGUAAGUUGGAACUAAUAACAAAAUCCAGAGAGGGCAAUCACCUAUUUGCCUUUCUUAAACAAGUGCUUGUAAUAGUAACAAUAUAAAAAUAUCCGGAAU